AGCCCUCAAGUAAUUGAAAAAAAAUUCCAUAAAAGUGAUAUUUAACUUUACGACCUAAUGUUAAGGUCUUUGUUUGUGUUUUGUAAUCUAAAUUACUGUGGAUUUUGGGGCUUAAUACACUGGGCAAUCGAUAUCACCUGUUAUGGUGCUGUAUUUUUUUGGUUUUAACGAUGUCCAUUCUUAAACUGUAUAGGGAGAAACAGGUUUUCUGCACAAUUCGGAAGAUGGAUGACCCAUAGACUAAGCUCGGUACUUAAAGUCCGGAAGUAGGAAAGCCACAAACUUCAGGUUCAUGUUGAUUUUUUGGGGAACUUACACCACAUCGCAAAUGACAUUAGGUCGUUUCGUAAGCAUCUACCUUGUAAGUUAAAAACGUCGAGAUUGGUAGGGGUAAAGGUGACUUAACAUUUUGGAUACCGUGUUAUUUAGUAGCCAGCAAUUAGUUGAACCUACCCGAAUCUAUAAAAACACAAGCCGUAAACAUAGACUCAAGUUAGUUAGAAAACGCGAUCAGAGGAGUAAGCACACCCAUCGUCAUGCUCUGCACUUACCUUUUGGGCCAUGUUGGAAUAUUACUCUGGAUUUACUUUUUAUGGAGCCGCCGCAGAUUCUACGAUCUUAUGUUUCAGAUGCCUGGACCUAAGGGUCUACCACUUAUCGGCAUCGCUGUUGAAUAUGCGAUCAACAAAAUAAGAAUCAUUCAGCGCACCAAAUUUUUGGACAAGUAUGGUUCAACCAUUUUAACUUGGGUCGGCAUUAAACCAGUUAUUCUUACACGAGAUCCUAAGACCGCUGAGGAUAUCCUAACUUCACCAAUAUGCCUUAAUCGAAGUUUACGGGUAACACGAGCCAUGGAAAAUAUAUUUGGGAGUGGACUUUUGACCCUACAAGGUACUGCAUGGGCUGAACGCCGAAAGCAUAUGAAUUACAGUUUUAGAAACGAUGUCUUGCUCAGUUUCCUUCCUAUUUUUAAUUUUGAAACAAAAACUCUAAUCACUCAAAUGGACACAUUCGUGGGUCAAGGUGAAACCGAUUUGCUGACACAUUUACUCAGAUGGUCUUUUAGAAUAGCUCACCAGACCACACUGGGCACUAAUGUAAAAAGCGAAGCGAAUUUUGAGAACAAUUCUCUUAUUGAGUCCUGGCAGUGCCUCUUAAACUUGAUUGUUGUUGAAGUGAUGCUGCCCAUUUUACGAAAUAAAACAAUCUCCAAUAUUUUGGGUUUUGAAAAAAAGAAAACCCAGGAGUUUUUAAAAAUUAAUUUUCUAAUGGAUAAAAUUAUUAGCUCAAAAUUAAAUUCCCAACCGGAGACCGGUACAGACCCUUCUAAAAACACUGUCAUCAACCGGGUUUUGGAACUUUAUUCGAAAAACGAAAUAGGUUUACAUGAAGUAAAGGGAGAGUGCUGUAAUAUGGUUUUGGCUGCCUUUGAGACCACAGCUCUAACAGUUCAUCACACCCUUAUCCUUUUGGCCAUGUUUCCCAAGUACCAGGACAUUCUUUAUGAGGAGCUUAAAGAGGUCUACCCGGCUGGGGGAGAUUUAAAAGUGGAGUACGAGGACCUCCAAAAAUUGGUAUAUCUAGAUCGUGUUUUGAAUGAAACCUUGCGCUUAAUCCCGCCCGUUCCGAUCGCUGUAAGAGAUGUCCAGGAGGAUUUUCGUCUUUGCAAUGAAGUCCUUGUUCCCAAAGGCGUGGCAGUUGCCGUCGACAUAUUCAACGUUCACCGCAACAAGGAUCAUUGGGGCCCCGAUGCUGACACCUUCAAUCCUGAUAACUUUUUGCCCGAAAAUGUUCGCGAACGGCCUCCCUAUGCGUUUAUACCCUUUUCCAAAGGAAGGAGAAAUUGCAUAGGCUGGAAAUAUGCGUUGAUAUCGUCGAAAGUGGCUCUAGCUCAAAUACUCAGAAGUUACAAGUUAAGCACUAGUUUUCGAUAUGAAGAUCUUGUCUUUGUGGAUAAUAUAGGAAUGAAGCUGAGUAAAUCUCCCCAAAUAAGUUUUAAUCGAAGAAAGAUUUAAGCAUAUUAAAAUAAAACUCUUUAUUUAUAAUUGGUUUUAUAAUUUUGUAUAGUCUGGUGA